AUGCCUAUAGCACGGGGACAUACCAGCGUGCAAACAUUCGAUAGCCGCUACAUCGACAGAUCAAGGCUAGAGACACUGCUGAAAGCGCUUCACAAGGACUCCGAAUACACCGUCAAGCGCCAGCUGAAUACAUGGAAGGUCGAGGCACCGCAACCUCUUGAAUCGCGCCAAAUCGAGGCACUUCGAAGAUGA